UUCUCAAAAUGGCGGCUUUGUUUAAGCCGAGUACGAGGGAACCAAGGGAAAUACAGUUUGAAUUUUACGCCAACAACGACCUUUUUAAGAUACAUAGCCAACUUUAGAUUAUGUCUAGGGGUCCACCCCAUCGAUACACUCCUGGUGAUGAGAGAUCAUUCAGAAGAUAUCAACAAAGAUAUGGAGAAUUUUCCGGGUCAUCAAGCUACGGUUACUAUGGAGGCCCACCAUACAAAAGACAGCGCCACCUUAGUGAUGAGGACAUAUGUCCCCCACCUGGGGCAGAUUAUAGUCAUGCUGCCUACUUUGAUCCUCCAUAUGUAAGGCACCAGGAGGUUGGAUUGGGGGACUACAAUGACUUUAGUUCAAUUAGUGAGAAGGAUAUGAAAAUGGAAAGAGAGGGAAUUAAGAAAGAAUUUGAAAGAUCUGAACUUCAUACCAAGAAAUGGCAGACUUCUUCAGAAGGCAGUGGGUAUUCUACCAGUGCUCCAUCAUCACCUCACUCAAGAGUAUCCCCAAAGAUCUCACCACGCCUUUCUCCUCGAGUUGGACCAAGUACUCCUCCAUCUUCAACUUCUCAGCCAACACCAGUCUCAAUUUCAACUUCUGGACAAGAUCAGUCCAAAUCACUUUCACCAUCAUUUUCAGAUGAAGCAGCGUCAUUUUCAAGGCAUCAUUCCUUGCAGGUUGUUUGUACAACAUCAUCAUCACUGUCUUCACAAAUGUAUGGGGCUGCUGUUCAUGAAAAAAUAAGAGAUAGUACUGGAAGACCAGCCCUGAUUUCGCCAUCUGCAAGUGACCCACAAAAGGAUUCGUACCCUGGCCCUACUAUUGAAGCUAUAUCUCCAUCAGCACCAGGUUCUGAAGGCCAAAGUGAGGAGAAGAAAGCAGUUACAGAGGAUCCCUCUGAUCUGAUGUCUAAAGAUGAGCUUCUCCAGGGGAUGGAGAAGGUGGACAGAGAAAUCUCACAGGUGGAACAGCAGAUCAACAACCUCAAGAAAAAGCAGAAACAACUUGAGGAAGAGGCUUCAAAACAGCCCAGUGAGCCACCAGAGGAAGAGCUACCACCCCCGACACCUAAACCCAAAAGUAUUGUACAGAAGAUUUAUGAGGAAAACCAGAAAAAGGCUGAGACUGCAGAAGCAAGGCUGGCAAAGCUCAGUGUGCCACUUCCAGGAGGAAAGCCCUUGUACAAUCAACCAUCUGAUCUCCCUUGUUACCAUGAGAAUCUUAGAAAAGCCCCAGCUAUUAAAGCUAAAUUGGUCAAAUAUUUCCAGCUACGAAAGCAAGCAAAAGAACUCAAGAAUCGUCAACUCUGUAAAGAAUACAAGACUUUGAAGCAAGCAUGGCUCAAGAAAAUUGAGAGAAAUGAAAACAAUCCAAAAAGAAAACAAAAGGAGGCUAAGCUGAGGGAAUUUUAUGAAAAAGUUUUUCCUGAAAUCAGAAAGCAAAGAGAACAGACAGAACGGUUUGCUAGAAUGGGCUCCAGAAGUAACUGGGGUAUUGUGGCCAGAAGUGAAGCUGAAUUUAAUGAGAUUGUAGACAAUUUAAAUGAGCAGGAGGCUAAUGAACGUCAUAUGCGCACUUUAGCUGUUGAACCUCCGCCUUUACUUGACAAAGAGGAGAGACGAGUGAAGUUUAUCAACAGAAAUGGCCUCAUAAGGGAUCCACUUGCAACACUGAAUGAAAGGAAACACAAGAACAUAUGGACUGAGAAAGAGAGGCUGAUCUUCAAGGACAAAUUUAUUCACAAUCCCAAGGACUUUGAUUUUAUUUCUUCAUUCCUACCUGGAAAGAGUGUGGGAGACUGUAUCCUGUUUUACUAUCAGACAAAGAAAAAAGAACAUUACAAACAGUUGUCCAGAAGACACAACCUCAAGAAAAGAAGAAGGGACCAAUUUGGAAAUACUCGUGAGGCCACCCCCACGAACAAGUCAAGAGGAGGCAUUUCAGAGAGCGGUACUAAAGGUGGAUUUGAAGGAGAUGAUGACUUAGGGGAAAUAACUGAUUCGGCAGAAGAGAGUGAAGAAAACGAGGAACAGCCCGUCGUGACUACCGCCCAAGUGACCACACCCACCCCCUCUGUCAGGCACACAGGGAGGCCAGAUCAUGUGGAGACAUCCCGUUGGAGUGAGAAAGAAAUAGAGAUUGCCUUACAGGGUCUGAGAGAGUGCGGGCGCGAUUGGGAAGCUAUUGCUCGACGGGUUGUAACCAAGACUGGUGCUCAGUGUAAGAACUUUUACUUCAACUACAAGAGAAAACUACGCUUGGAAGAUCUUGUCGCCGAACAUGAGGCUACUAAGAUGCAACGUGCCCAAGAAGAACAAAGACAGCAACGUGCCCUAGAAGAACGAAGACAGCAACUACAACAACAACAACAACAAGAAGACCAGAAGCAGCAGCAACAACAGCAGCAACAACAUCAGCAGCCGCAACAACAACAGCAGCUGCAGCCCUAUCCACAUCCACAGGAACAUCACAAAGACAGUCCCGGCACUUCACAGAGGCGGGAACCAAACCCUAAGCAUACCUUAGCACAACAACCAUCAGAGAGUCACAGUUCUCAUUCAUCAGAUCCACAUAAUAAACCAGGCGGUGCUUCCAACAGCAAUGUUUCUUCCACAAGCGGUAAAGAGUCCACCUCGGUGAUUGUUAGUGCGGUUCACACCGCGGUGGGAUCCCCGAAAGAACCUGCAACUACAUCUUCAGUAGCGUCGUCUAUCUCCAACCUCCAAAGGAUAGUCCCUUCUCAUUCUCCUCAUCUUUCUUUGACGAGCUCAAGCUCCACUCUAUUUAUGCCCACUCCAGGUGUGAUUGCGUCCAUUGGUAGAGCCUCGCCUAAUGUGGGAACAGGGCAACCAACUCAAGUAUAUACUCGACACCCGCUUCCCGAAUACACGAAGCCCGAGUCUAUUCGUUCCUCAAGAUCACCACAUCCAGAAACCGUAUUUCCCGGAAUUGUAUAUCCAAGACCUGAAGGUCCAAGAUCCUUACAGUCAGAUUUAUCGCAUUUAAGAGCCCCAUAUUUGGUUUCACCACGACCAGGUUACGUUCUUUCCGACUCGCGUCCCAUUUAUCACGGAUCUGCCACACCCAAGUCCCUCGGGUACAGUACAAACCCGCCGCACACUGCCACGUUGCACACAGCAUCCUCGCCACCUAGCCUUACUUAUUCAAAUAAAGGGGUGCUGCUACCUGGUUCGUCUCACCCUAUAAUGUCACACCCUGGCAUCUCUCUCACUAGCAAGUCACAUGUUAGCAAAGUGUAUGGUCAAUCCUCGCACCCAUCUGAACCUAUCCAAACUCCAUCAGGCUCUUCCGUCUUUGCUCCUUCAGGUGUGAUUAACACCCUCGGACUCAGUCGACCUGCGAGUCACUCCCCUGUACCUGCGGUCUCACAAAGUUCCUCUGAUGAGAGAGAAAAGUCUCCAAGUCAACCGUUACAUUUUCCCGAGCGGUUGGUGGCACAGGAUUCAUCUGUCAAACCAUCUUACUUAUAUCAAGGAAGUGCACGUUAUGAGCCAUCCAGCGGAAGCAUUUUGCAAGAGGCUAGCUCGGAAGUGGUAAAGAAGAAUUCAAGGAUCCCUGAAAGUGCGUCAUACGUAAGGGAUGUUCCUAAACCUGAUGUAAUUGUCAUAGAAGACGAUCAAAAAAAGAGGAUGGAAGGCUUUCAUCGGCUCGACACAGGAGAAGGAAAGCAAGCUUCAAGCAUGUUGAGAAUGUUAGCAUCUGGAGGAAACGGGCCAACAUCGUCGGGAGAUCACGUACCACCAGUGACGGAACCUGUGCGACCACAAAGUCUACCGCUGUCUUCCAGCAACCGCAUCAUUAGCCACACUGAUUUACGAUCUCAACAGAGUGCCACUCCACCAAGCAAUUUUGCCAUGCGCCCUCAAACCCUAAAUCCCCCACCGCCUUUGAUACAAGUGCCUUCUUCACGAGAUAAAAAAUAUAUCACGGCACACGAAUUGUCAGCUGAAACGACUCGACCCAGGGAGGGGUUCGCACAAGGCGAAGCCUACCACGAUCGUUAUGGUAAUGUUGGUCAGGAAACCUCUACUCUAAGAGAUGUACCAAGACGCGCACACACUCCCGUCGAUAAUAGAGGCGGUGAAAGGGAGAAACGAUCAGUUGUGGUAGAGACCGUUGACUUAACGAGCGAAAGAGAGGUUAGUAGUGCAUCACUAGUACGCCCCACAGCGAUAUCACCCGCAGUUGCUCAAGGUUCAUCAUCUGCUCGUGCCCAUCUGCAAGCCAUGGCAAGGUAUGCUUUAGCUGAGACAAGUAGUCCAGAAGUGACUGAAAAGAUGGGGCAUAAGAGAAAAGAAGAAACUUACCUUCCUCCGAGGCAUCCUGACGUUAAACUUACCGCUUAUGAGAAGAAUGAAGCGAUACGAAAGUAUAAAUUGGGUACCGUCUGCUUAUCAGCACCACGCGAGGUACCUGUCGGAGGAGAAUAUUCUAGUCAAGCGUAUGGGUUGAUGCCAAUGCCGGCUCUGCAUCAGCCUCUCACCCACACCCACCCGCAUCCAGCUGGCACCUCAACACCUCCACCAUAUGGUUAUCCCUUCCACAUGGGGCAUCCAGUGGGAACUUUGCACCACCACCCAGAACACCGUUUCUUGGUUCCAGUUGGGGUACCUGUGCGUGAAUUGCUCCCACAUAGUGUGAAUGGCGAGGAUCUACCCAGUCACGUAAAGCUUAGUGGGGCAUUUGCUCAUCAAUAUCCUCAAGGAGCAGCAUAUUAUCCAGCGAGUUUAAGGCCUGUGGUGCCAACAUACCAGCCAAUGUCUGUUUGUGGUCAUCCAUAUUCUGUACCCUUGGGUGAGGAACGACGCGCUGUUCAUCAUCCACUUGAAUUGUCUGGCAGACGUCAAAAUGAAAUAUCAGAGCAAGAAUUGGCAAACCCUUUUGUUGUUAAACAGCAGAGGCAUAUGCAUGCCCCUGGAAUGCCGGAAAAAGUCGUGUCAUCUGGUGAACUAUCAACAUUUCCCCUUUCCAGUCGCUCGCCAAAGGAAUCUGCUCCACGUUCACAUGCCCUUUCUCCUGAGAUGAAACCAAAGACAUCCGCUCAUACUGAAGAAGCAAAAACUGUUUCGCCACCAACAAGUUCCUACCUAUCGAGAAUACCAUCAAGGCCAGCCUCUGUUUCUGAGAUGCGCAAUCGAGCUGCUGUUAUUCCAGAGCUAGGAGAUACUGAGGGAAGCGUUAAAAAAUUUCCUGAUCCACAACCACUUGUGAUUAUGCCUACCAGUGAAGACUGUCAAAGGGAGAACAGUGCUAGACUUGCACAAGAGGAAUUUGUUAAAGAAACGAAGGAUCUCUCCAAAGAGGACAAAGAGGGAUCUAUGGUAGAAUCUUCACAAAUGGCUGCUUUUGCCACUUUGGUUGAUGUUGCUGCGGCAGCUAGGAAAGUUGAUGUUCCAGUAGCAGAACACUUGCCACAGAAAGAAGCCAGUGAUGUACGAGAGUCGCCCCCUGUAAGGCAAGGUGGGCAUACAGCAGCGUCACAUACAAGAGUGAAAUCACCACCAAGUCCCUCCAGAGCGUCACCUGGAGCUUCUACACCCCGGUAUGGAAUUACUACUGGGCUUGUUCCAAAACCUCCGCCUCUCAUGCCCAUCACUGGAAUGAGACCUUUGCAAGAGGGAAGUAACUCCAGCACCACUCCAAUCAGUGUCUCAAUUGCAAGUCAUGGAACUGGCAUGGCAUCGCGUAGUCCAAGCAAGCUUACAUCACCUCCUGGAGCACGAUCAGCAAGGGCUUCUGUGAGUCCCGAUGGCCCUCCACCACUGAUAUCCCACACAGUUAUUAGUCCUACUUCAAGUAGUCCGUCACAAGGAAUGAGCUCAAAAGGACCACCUCCCUUGAUUAAAGGCAUUGUCUCACCCGUUUCCAUGGAUCUGAGAAGCCCAGAAAAUAUUGACAAUUCAAGGAAGACCACAUCCAAUCCAGACAGCGUCGUUGCUCUUCAGCGUUCAGAUCAGGAGCCCGCUCAGUUAGAUAGACCAUCUAUAAGAAGUGUUCAAAAUAUGGAACCUGACAUUCAACGAAAGGUUGGUCAACAUCUUCAGGAAUCGCCACAAACCUCGUCACAUCAGAUUGAUGACAAAAGCGCCAAGAGGCCUUCCUCGUUGCCACAGUCAGCUCGGCUGCCCCAAGUAAGAACGAUAUUUGAAACAAUCAAUUACGUUGACUCUACUCAUGCUGAAUUGCGACAUCCAUCUAGACUUCACAUGAAUCCAUCCCAACCUCCCUUCGUUGGGAUGUACAGAGAGGAGGAUUUCUCACCAGUAACACGACCAUCAAAUGAAGUGUUUACAGAGAUCACCCAACGAGAAGGCCGUUACGCGGAUGAGAUGCCAAGAUCAUGGACAAGGAAGGAAACAGAGAGCGAAGAAAAUGUGCAACCACCUCUGCAAUCCGAUCAGUCAUUCUUAAGACAGUACCCAGCAGAAAACGUAGAUCAAAGGGGCAAAGAAUCCUGGCAAGCAAUUUCAAAAAAGUUUCCGUCUCAUCAAAAAUCACAAUCUGUAUCGAGCGAUGAAGAUUCUGCUCCACCACAGCGUGGGCCUUCUACGCACGCACCAAUCUCCCAUGGGUCUGGUAGCGAGACGGAAGAGGGUGAUGAAGGUGACAUGGAGACUGAAGAUGGGGUGCCUCCAGUACAUCCCCGCAUAUUGGCACUGGCGAGGAGGAGUUCCCAGGGUCAUUCCCAGUCCCCGUAUUACGAACCGAGUGACAGUGAAACUUUAUCUGCUGAGGAGUCAGAGAAUCUACCCGAGAGUAGUGAUGAGAUGCUUUUGAGUUCAACAAUGACGCCAUGUACUCAAUCCUAUGGUAGCUCCGAGGUUGACAAACCUGGCAAUCACGAAAGCUUCUAUGAUGACAAAAAUAAACCUAAUACUAACCACACCUCUACUACUUCAUCUGUCUGUAACCCCAGUGCGUCAGGAGUCUCCUCGGUUGAUGAAGAUGUACAAAUCGAUGAAUCAGUAUCAGACUGCGACGAAAGACAGGAAAGUGUUGCUCCUGAGGAUGUUGUUACAAGUACAAAAUCUCUCAGUGAAGAGUUGCUUGACGUUAAAGGUGAGGAUUCAUCCUCAGAUUCCCCAACUGCUUCGAGCUCAGUUGUAGCGGCUGCAAAACAUCUCCCAAGCUCAGAUCCUGGUGCAGAGGAAGAAGAAACAAAUGUUGGUUCAAGUCAAAAGUUUCAUGGAGAAUCUGGUGUAUAUGAACAUGAAAAUUGUUAUCCUUCACAGAGCUCUCCUUCACCCAUUGUGGAAGUUAAUUCCCUGGUGGGAUUGCCUGAACAGGCAUCGAGCGGCAUAGACAAGUAUAACACUGUAACAGUAGAAUGCAGUGAAGAUGUCCAAGUGGGUAGCAGUGAAACAGAUAGAGGUACAGAUGUAUCGCAGUUCGAAUCGUCAGAACCACAAACCUCGCAAGAAAUACCAGAUAGUUCAGCUAAUCUUGAGAAUAGACCUGAUAGAGGCAAGGUCUCACCUUCGGAAAAGAAUGAUAAUAUUGAAGAUGAUGGUAUUACUAUAGUGCCGGAUGAAAACGCAUUGACCACUGUACAGCCUGGGUUAACGCAACCUAGUGAAGUAACUUCCGUGUUGACUGAUGAACAAUCUGUAUCACCGUCGGAAAGAGGUGAAGGUAACUAUAUAUGUCAAAGUGCUCCUGAAACAGAAAAUAAUAACGUCGCGUCCACUUUAUCCGACCAAGAAAACGAAGAAUAUGAAUUGAACGAAGAAACAAGGGAAGCAGACGCAUUAGAAAACUCUCCCCAAGCUGAACAUGGAUUUCUGGUGGACCCUGACACUUACAGCUCCCCUUCAGAUACCAACCAUCCGGAAAUCAGUUCGGCAAUAGACUGUGUGUCUGAUGAUAAUGAGCAGGUGUCUUACCCGACUUUUGUUGGGGCGUUUGUUCCACUGCCGGGAGAGGUAGCUUCACCGGAUGUCAGAUCUGGAGGCUCCACCCAAGUUCCUUCUGAUGAGGGCUCAGUCUGUGAUGAAGUACCGGCUGACAAAGAAGUGGAGAACACAGAGCAGACAUUGUUACCAAAAGUAGAGCCAUUAAACGUUUUAAGUCCAAACGAAGAAGCUAAUCACACGGACGAUACACUCUCAGAAGGAGAGAUUCCGCCCUCACAAGAGAGCAGUCAGUCUGAAGACGAACCUUUGCCUUCAGAAGGCAAACCUUUGGGUAGCAAAGCUACUUCCCUCCUCCACGAUGAUCCCAUCACUACACCUCAGUCCACCAAGCAUUCGGAGACAACACCUCAAAUGUCCGAUUGUGUUCAACUUCCCUCUCAUAGCAAGGAAUCUGAGGACGAUGAUCAGUUAUCCGAAGGGGAGAUCCGGGAGUCUGAGGACGAACCAACCACGGAAUCUUACGAAGAGUCAUCCUCGUCAAAUGCAAAUCUGGUCUCUAGCUCAAUGUUAGGCAGGGAUGGUGACACUUGUCCAGUUCCAGAUAGGGUGUCGUCGAGUAAAGAAGCUACCACACGAACCGAGUGUUACAUCAAUAUGAUCCCCAUUUCUCCUGCGCCACCCGAAUCACCCAGUCACCCAUCAAGAGGAGACCGCGCAUCACCACUUCCACCAUGGCCAUUUACCGAAAGUCACCACCCGUCGGUAGUUCCUUUAGCAGCUCGCAUGACUUUCCCUUAUUCUUCCUUAUCACUCAAUGUGGGUUCUGCAUCUAGCAGUGCUCGUUCUUCGCCGGUACCCCAUUCGUUUGCGGUCAAUUUGGCCCCAGGUUCGAGCCCUAGCAGCUCGUCAUUGUUGUCAAGGCCACAGGAACCAGCCCCUCUCCUUUCAGAUAGUUAUGAACCGUUAAGUGAUGAUGAAGUUGAGGAGAUGGCUGAUAAUUCAACCAUGAGGGAUGAACAGGAUUUAUAGAUAUGUUACGGGGACACUCAACUUUGUGCCACAAUGAAGUGGCCCGAUUUUGUUAUUUAAAAAUUAACAAAUAAUUAUAUUAUCUCUGAAGUGUUGUUCCCGAGCCCUGUUUAUCGCUGAACUUUUAAAUGUUAAAAAUACGGUUUCGUCUCUCUUGUUGAUAUUUAACUGUAUAUUUUAUCGUAGCUGAUAGGUGUAAAAUAAAGAUUAGUUUAAAAGUAUUGAUUAAAUUACAACAAACUA